AUGGACCUCCCAGCAAGCCUCGUACGAGACAUAUCGCCGCCGCCGCUUUCGAAGCGAAGACAGUCUGCGACGGGUACUGUGCGUGCACCUCCAGGCUCCCCAGAAGCCGCACUUGUAGACACCAAGCCAGCUGUCCCAAAGAACCUACCUAUGUUGGUAGCGGUAGAAGCCGGCAAGGUCAAGAUCGUUGAUCACCUCGCCUACUUCAGAAGCCAGCUGGCCAAAGCCUCUAGGUGUACAUCAUCCGAUGUCCCAAGACUCUCCGUUGAUAUCUUCGCUACACUCUAUCAUUCUAAUCUCCACCCGCAUGGCCACCACUUCGUCGUUCAUCAACAUAACCACCCCGUCGCGGGUGUGCAUUAUGACUUGCGUCUUCAAUUCUCGGAAACGAGUUCUAUAUCCUUCGCCCUUCCAAAGGGAUUGCCUGGUGAUGCCAACUCUAAGAGUAUAAGUAGACUCGCGAUUGAGACUAGGGUACAUAACUACUGGAACCAUCUAAUUGAGAGCGCAAGCAGAAAGACUGGAAGCUUGAUAAUAUGGGAUACUGGAACGUAUAGUAUUCUGCCUAGAACAAAGAGAAAGGAUGAGACCCUAAGCCCGCAGACUACGGAUGAUGACGAAGCGGAUGAAGGCCCAGAUAACGAAGCAACAGUGCGAGAGCGCAAAAGUGCGGGCGGAGAGAAUGACGAGAAUUUGAAGCUGAUAGCAGCUUUUCAAGCUCGGUAUAUUCACCUACGCCUUUACGGCACGCGACUACCACAGAAUUACACAGUUGUAUUGCGUCUCUCAUCAAGUGACAUGGCCAAACGGUCGACGGCUAAACAAAAGAGUCCGAAGCGUUCUCAAGCUAGUUCUAUAGCAAGAACUCCUACUACCUCGGAUGAUGAGGACAAUCCUGCGGGCAUGUCUGUACAGGAGAGCGCAGGAAAUCAAGAACUAGAGACCGAAACAGAAGAAGAUGAGCAGACACGCGCCACCAACGCAUACCCCGGCUCUUCGAAUGAUAUCGGAUCGAUACAUCAGCGGCGCUGGUUUCUUCAACUCGAUCGGCAAAAUAGCGGGUUUCAACUGGAAACUUCCGGUAGCGAAAGAGGAAGAUGGACUGGAGGGUUCAAGCCGUUCCUCAUCCGCGGUCGGGAUCACGAGCGGAGCGUCGUCACAGGAAGGUUCGCACGGGAGGUGGAAAGCGAUGAGGGAAUCGAGGGCUUCGUAGGAAGGAGAGGGUGGACAGGAAUCGAGCACUGA